AUGGAAAUGUCCUGCCAUUAUUGCGUUGUUGAGCGCCAUAAAAACAAUCCAUUGCAUAUCAUCAAGGAGUGGAACGGCUCUUUUUUCCAGCGCACGCACCUCAAGUCCCUUGGUCUACGUGUUCAAUUGGGUCACACUCCUGGUGACCACUGUUACAAUCCGCGUCCCUCAGCAGGCAACGACUUCGUUGUUGUUGAUGUCAAUGGGAUCCAUGAAGUUGUGUUAGAUUUUUCAACAACAACGGAUCCACAAACGGCUGCAACAUUCAACAUACUCAAACACUAUCACCUGCUGUCAUAUGAGUCCAAGGUUUCGGCCUACAAAUUUUACCAUAGCUUAUCCAGGCGUUCUGACAAUACCGGAUUGUCACCAGUCAGAGAUCACUAUUCUGCAUUCAUGAGGACAGUCCAUGAAUGGCGCCACCUUCGGCAACUCAGAUGUGGUGGCCGAGGUCAUGACCCUGGUGGCAUUGCCGAAACAAAAGCUGGGGAACUUGCAGUGUUGUGUCCAGCAUGCCCGCAUCCUGACAAAAAUUUGCCCCAUGGUUGGGAGAAUUCACCUCCAGCAACAAGAUGGUUGUAUGCACUUUUUGUCGCUAUAGAUGCAAAUUUCCGCCUGAAGCGGAAGACUGUCUCCUCCGACCAAGUAGAUCCUGGCUUAAAUGCAGGAUGGGCCUAUUUUGUGGAGGACGCAUACAAAAGCUACCUAUCCGAGCAAGCUAAUGAACGACAAGAGCGCAGUACCUGUGUCAGCCAUAAUGCAGUAAAUAUGGCUGACACAAAAUCCUCACAAGGCCUGGCAGCAACUGGCAUAGGGACCAUCAACUGCGCUCGACACAAAUUCAAAUUGCCGAACGGGGUAGGUGAUUUACAAAAGGGCGAAAGGUAUCUUAACAUGGACUACCUUGUUUUUUCAGCACUCGUCGGAUUCACUGUAACAAUGCUAAACAUCUCCUACGAUAUCGCUUGUCAAUGGUCGAAAAAGCUAUGGAGCAGGAUGGAACACAUGCUGGCUCGGCUCCAUAUACCACAUGAUGACAUACUAGUUCGAUACUUCAUACCAAAGUUUCAUAUUGCUGCCCACAUUGCAGCCUGUCAGACUGAUGGAGAGGCACCGCAACAGUGUUGGGCAAAUGCCAAUCAUGAUCAUUUUGGUGAUUGGAAUUGGAAAAAGACUGCAGCGCUUGGCCAUACAUUGAAGCGCAAGAUGGAGGAAGCUGUAAAGUGGGAACGGGAACAUCAUAUUGCCUUGUACGACCUGGAAGGAACUAUUCAGCCUGCGCUGCUGGGCGAGUGGGGAAUCGAAGUCGAGAUGUGGGAGGAGGACAGCACGCACCCAAAUCCUUUUGAAACUAUUACGCAGGCUGCGGUAAGGUCACAGCUUGCAGAAUUAGAAGCACAAGAGCUACAGGCAGGGAUCGACCACUCACUCAAUGAUGAUGUCUCGCCCAGUGUCCUUAUUAGUGGCAGGAUUGAAUUAGAAGAUAUGCAACAACAGCUCAAACAUGACAUUUCCAAUCUCUCGUUUCAUCCCACGGACAAGCAAAGAGAGGCCAUCAUUCACAGAACUAAUGUGCUACAGAGACGUGUCAGUGAUUCUUGGUCCCGCUACCAACAACUCUACAUGCCCAUUGUCUCCAUGCUGCGCUCAUCAACAAACAAUCUUCCACUUUAUCUACCAUCAGCUCUUGAGCAUUUCGACUGUGAUCACUGUUUGAUGCAGUAUGAAUGGGAACUCUGGCAGGCACAGGCUUGUGAUGCCCUAAACGAACUCCAUUCACACCUUCAUUUACAUUCACACAUGUACAAAUUCAAAGACAAGAACUUACGAGGCCAAAACUUGAUUGGGUGUGUCGAGGCAAAGAAAGAUGCAGUGGUAAAGAAAUACAAGCGUGCACGUCAAGCAAUGGCAUCACUAAGCUGUCGGUUGGGUGAUCACACUCAAGGCACUGGGACUAUCUCAUGGAUCUGGCUGACUGUGAGUGUUUAUAGUCAAUGUGAUCAAUGGCUGACUCAGAUAGGUGUCCGUAUUGAGUGGUGCAAGGCACGUGCACGCACAGCUCAAUGGUCUGAGGAGGUAGAGCUACUGGCUGAAGAAAUGAGACAAGUACUGGCCUUUCUGGAAUGGCAAAGCGGCUGGUGGCAUCAGCGCACAACUCUGCGCUCAUUUGAGAAGACCACUGAGCAAGAAGGCUUGCAGGCAUAUGUGUACCAUCAGGCUGCACCCCACGAGCCAGAAUUCAUCUUGGGCAUUGGUGUGUAUGGUGGGUGA